GCUCGCGGGCCCCCCCCCCGGAGGCCUGGCGGCGGCGGGAGGGUGGGCGUGGCCGCGCGGGCGUGGACUCCCCACCCUCCACCCCAACCCCUGGGAGGAUGUCGAGUCCCGCGACCCUCGGUUGUGCGGUGUUCGGUUCCCGCGACAGGUGGUCGAGUCCUCCGGGGAACACCCUGUGACCCCUGGGCAUGACAGCGCGGGUGGAGAAAUUGAGGUUGGGGAGUUUCCAACCGAAGGAGCUGGGAUGGAGGCAGGAUGAAGACACUGUUUGAAGAGAUCAAAGCAUCAAUUAAAAAUAACUAUAACCAAGAUCGAUCAUUUUGGAGGCCUGUUCUUCCUUGGGGAGGAGUUUUUACUAUCAAAGCUGGCCGCAAAGCAGUAUCCUGUACACCCCUCUAUGUUGAAAUCAGACUGAAAAAUACCUGCACCAUAGAUGGAUUCUUGAUGUUACUGUAUGUCAUUCUUAAUGAAAAUGAAAAUUUCCCCAGGGAACUCUCUCUCCACUUUGGCAGGGAGUUUGUAGACUGUUUUCUUUAUUUAAUGGACACCUACAGUUUUACAACUGUGAAGCUGCUUUGGAUUUGGGACAAGAUGGAAAAACAGCAAUACAAAUCUGAAGUUCAUAAAGCUUCAUUAGUAAUCGAUUUGUUUGGGAACGAGCAUGACAAUUUUACAAAAAAUCUUGAAAAUCUCAUGUCUACCAUUCAAGAGAGUUACUGUUCUAACUGGCGCUGCCCGACCCGCGUGCAGGAAGAUCAGCAGCGCACAAUUAGUAUAAAUCCUCCCCAAGAAAUUCCACAUGGAAACUUGAUACGACUGGCUGUGGAUGAGUUAUUCUGUUCCAAGAUUGAACUUUGUGAAGAGCGUGGUUUUCAUUUUAGGUGUGGUGGCUUAAGAGAAUUUUCCCAACGAGUUUUCUGCCAUGGGGCACCCCCUUUUGUUGUGUUGAAUAUGCAGCAUUGGAAACCUGAAGAUCUGGCAUAUGUACCCUAUUACCUGGAUUUAUCUGAUCACAAGUAUUUACUGGAAGGUGCCACUUUAUUUAACAAAGAGGAACAUCAUUAUUCUGCAGCUUUCCAGAUAGAUGGACAUUGGAUGCACUAUGAUGGCCUCAGAAAUGUGAAUUUAAUUUUGUUAAAUAAACCCCCAGAGUUUCUCCUCUUGUCAUCAUUGGUUUAUAUUCGAGCAGCAGAGAAAUAAAUAUAGACUGAUGCUAAAUUCAGUUGUUCUCCCGCUUGCCCGUGCCCCCUAGAGGAAGGGCUCUUGUUCUGUAUAUACUUGGUAUCCAAGGAAACGGUUCAACUAUACUAGUUUCAGAGAUGUAUUUGUCAGUGUUUUGCCCCAGGUAAAUGUUUUAUAUGGAAGAUCUAUGCAAAAAUGUAUUUUUAAGUAUUUUCUGGGUUAUUUUUAUACAAGCAUAUGUUAUGUUCAAAUAAAAUAUAUCUUAUGGCCUUUGUAAUUUUUAUUUAUAUAUACCUCAACAGUUUUUACAUUUCUAUCCUUAAAUCCAAGAAAAUACUUUGUCAUUUUAAUUCUAAAAUUUUCUUUUUAGAUAUAUGAGUAAAUCCUAGGGUAAAAGUCAGUAUUUUGGUUAUCUGACUGUAUUUCUUUGCCUUACCUCCAAAGUGCACUAUUGGAUGUAGUAGGAUUUGAAUGUACGGCUUAUGGAUAGCUUAUUUUACCCAUUGCUUACUUUGUUUUACCCUUUGCUCAUUUCUUUGUGGUAAUUUAAAAAAUAUAUUGGAAAUUUUUUUGUAGAGUAAGCCAUUUCGUUGUAGUAGUUACUGUAACUAUUUGCUGAAAUGUACACCCUCCAGUGCAUUUCCAGCCUCUGAUUUCAGUUAAUGUAAACAUUACAAACACAUUAUAUAACAAUCCUAAAUAUCUUACCAUUAAAUGGAAUGAAAAUUCUCUUAAGUUAUUUUGCAGACAAGGCAACUGUCAAAAAUACUAGGCAGCUGGAUAUUUAUUAGUGUUGGACUAACAAUAGAAAUGUGUUUAUAUAUUUAAGAGGAAAAUGGGGUACCUCGUAAUAUUUAUUCUAAUUCAGAUUUUUUUUUUUUUUUUGAGCUGAGGAUCAAACCCAGGGCCUUGAGCUUGCUAGGCAAGUACUCUACCACUGAGCUAAAUCCCCAACCCCUCUAAUUCAGAUUUUUUAAAAAUUGUAACAUGUGAGGCCGGGCGGUGGUGGCGCACGCCUUUAAUCCCAGCACUCGGGAGGCAGAGCCAGGUGGAUCUCUGUGAGUUCGAGGCCAGCCUGGGCUACCAAGUGAGUUCCAGGAAAGGUGCAAAGCUACACAGAGAAACCCUGUCUCGAAAAACCAAAAAAAAAAAAAAAAAUUUGUAACAUGUGGCUCCCUUGAAACUGCUCAUUGACAUCAGGAGGCUUGGGUCUGUAAUGCCACGGAUGUGAAGUCAACAUUUGACGGUUAACAGAAUACGUGUUUUGUUAUAAAUAACCUAAAGUCACUCAUCUUUUUGCAAUUUAAAAGGAGAAUAUUUUCAAGGGAGACUACUUGAUGAACGAUCAUUAAUUUUAGUGUUUACAUUACAAUAAAAUAACAUCAUUUUGUAUUUGGGUUUGAGAUUGAGUGCAGUCUAUCUGAAGACUUUACACGACCACAGAGUUCACUGCCAAAUACCAAACUGCUAAGGUUUCAUUAUAAAUCUUACAUUGCUAUGGUGUGUGUUGAGAAAAUUUGCUGUAAGGAUGGGUAAAUGUGGGUGAAAUCUUGCUAACCCUGUCUCACUUUGAGUAAAUAUUAUGAAAAUUAUUUUUAAUACAAGAAUAAGAAUGGCAUUUAAAAAAAAAUCACCCAGGGUUUAUUUAAAUAGUUCCCCAAGUAUGGUAAUGGGACUUGAUUGACAGCAAGCUUUUCUACUAACAAUAUAUUGCAUGAAUCAAACUAUACAGCCUACAGAUACUAACAGCUACAUACAUAAAUGGUACGGUUACAUUAUUAAUGACUUAAGUUGUUCUUAAUGCAGAUUCUUCAGGGAAUUGCACUUUAUUGGGAUAUUAGUUUAUUGUUCAAUAACUUACCUACCUCACAGGGUUGUUGUGAGGGUUAAGAUGUUAAAAUUUUUAUUACCUUCAACAUGCUAAUAAAAACAUAUUUCUACCUCUUUUGUGUA